UACGAUAACUACGAUAAAAAAAUUCGCGUUCGGGUUCGGGAAACUCAUCAGGAACAUGGAGUAUGAUGACAGCAAUAUUGAGAUAUUUUAUUAUUGAACCUAUAGUAAUAGAAGAGUAGCAACAUACAUCUCUAAUCUCUCUGUUUGUGUAUUGAAAUUCCUAAUGGAGUCCACUGACUGUGCGUCGCUGGCAAAUCAAUGGCAGAGGAUAACGAGUGAGGCAUUAUUUCAUGAUACACUGCUGAACUACUGGCGGGUGAAGGUACCAGAAAUCUUCAAGUCUGGGGAGUUGGAUAACAAACAAGAGAAUGAAAAUCUCAAGAAAAACCUUCUGCAGCCUCUUGAAUGGUUCAUCUGUAAUGGAGAGCCUAGUCAAAUGUUCCAACAACUGAAGCAAAAGAGUAAUCCACCACAAAUGUGUGGAAAGGUGUUCAAAAGUGGGGAGUCUAUAUACUCUUGCAGGGAAUGUGCAAUGGAUCCAACAUGCUGUUUGUGUGUGACAUGCUUUCAAAAUAGUAGACACAAGAAUCACAGAUAUCGGAUGACCAGUUCUAAUGGUGGAGGAUAUUGUGAUUGUGGAGAUGCGGAAGCAUGGAAGAAGGAUGUUGCGUGUGACUUACACAAGCUUCAUUCCUCUCUACCUAAUCAAGAUCCUUUGGAGCGACUCCCCCUAGACAUGCAGCAAUAUACCAGAGCCCUGUUUUCUAUCAUAUUUAGGUAUUGUUACAAUGUGUUAACUAUGGAAGUUGAAGGAAGCAUUCCUGAACAGUGGAAACAUGAGAAGUUGGAGGAGAAUUUUUGUACAAUGUUGUUCAAUGAUGAAGUUCAUACAUAUGAACAAGUUAUUGAUACAUUGAAGAAGGCGGUGAGCUGUUCAGAAAAAGAAGCCAUUGGGUACGCCACCAAAGUGGACAGAGAGGGGCGGAGCCAAGUUCGUCUUGGAAAUCAAGAUAAAUGCCAAAAGGCCAAAUUGAUCAUAAUAAAGAACACAGCCAAGACCGGAUCCAAACCAUUGAAAGUUAGCGUUAUGCACUAUGCUUUGGUGGCCCACCAAACAUUUGCCCUGAGACUUCUAGAAUGGCUGGCUGAAAUUAUUGCAAUAUCAGAUGGAUUAAGAGUAAUCCUUUGUCAAGUUGCCCUUGAGCCAAUAGACGAUGACCAAUCGGUGACUGAGAAACUAAUUCUUGUUGAUACAAAGUUAUGGAAAGGGGCUCGUAUUGGUUGGCACCAGCUGUUCAUGGGAAGUCUAUUGAUGGAUUUAGAAUACAAGAAACGCCUUGCAGCUUUAUUCACCAAACACUAUAGGGAAGCUCAGUUUGAUUUCAUUAAAGAUGAUCAUGAUCACAAUGUGUCGAUUGUGUCUCUGUCGGUACAGAUGUAUACUGUACCAUCAGUGGCAAGAUAUCUUGUAGCUGAACACCAUCUGAUAAAGAAGAUAGUCGACACUUUCUUUGAUUACUGUAGUCAAAAACAUGUAAAAGAUGGCAAGCUUAACUUUGAGAGAGGAAGUAAUGCUGGACUUCGGCGUCUACUUUAUUCCAUAACAGAUUUAAAAUAUGUUUUGACUUGCAAGCCUGAAGAAUGGAGUGAACCAAUGAAAAAUGGUGUUAUAGAAGGCUUGGAGUCUAUGCUGAAGCUAAUGCAACUCAUACAAGGUAUGAACAGUGUUUCCCGUCAAACUGAUCAUCAUAUUGAGAUUGAACCAGAAUGGGAAACAGCGUUCCACAUACAGACUCGGCUCGAACCAUGCAUUACUUUACUCUUAGAUUGGAUAGGCUCGGAUCAAAGUCUGUUAAUACGGGCUUUUCGAAUAGUGAUGUUAAAAUUGAGAUAUGUCAUCACCACCAGAAAGGAAGUAAAAAUGGAAAACAAACAAGUAUCCGGCCAUAAUGUCUUGUGUAUUGAGUAUGAUAUCUCUACUCAACCUGUUUCUAUCCAUAUUCCUAUUACCAGAUUUCUUGCCGGUUUGUAUAUUCACCUAGGAAAGUACAAUCUUAACUACUACAAAGAAGGUCUUCUACCAAUGGGUUCUCUUAACCCGAUGGAAUUGAUGGAAGGUCCACUGAGGAUCCAGGUAUUGAAGGCACAAUGUCAAGUGGGUCUUUGGCGGCGAAAUGGAUACGCACUAUUAAAUCAGCUUUAUAACUAUAAUAGUGUUCGAUUUCAAAAUGAAACUUAUGAUAAGGAUAUCAUAAUGCUACAGACUUGUGCUGCUGUUCUUCCACCUGAUCACUUCCUGAUUGCUGUUUUGAAUCGCUUUGAUUUGAUUCAAUGUAUGGAUACACAGUACGACACAUGUGCACUGUCAGCAGAUGAUGUACAAGCAAGACAGCGCAAUGUUACUUUGCUGAAGGAGUUUCUAGAAUUACUUAUUAUUAUUCUUUGUGAGCGUUAUGUUGUUGGAGUUGGCGAGAUAUCUGAUACAGACCGAAUCAAGCGUGAAGUUAUCCACCAGUUGUGCAUAUCACCGAUGACUCAUAGUGAAAUCAACAAAUCAUUACCAGAGGAUGCCCAAGAAGAAACAGGUGCAGAAGAUGUUGUGAAUUUAGUGGGUGUGUUCAAAAAAUCUGGAACAACUGGCAAAGGCAUUUACGAGCUGAAUGAGAACUGCCUAACAUCCUACAAUCAAUACUUCUACCACUACACUAGAGCAGACAAAUCUAGAUCUGAAGAACAUCAAAGAAAAGCACGAAAAAACCACAAGUCUAUUGAAGUUGCUGCUAUGGUGCCUCCUUUACCUCCAACAUUGUGUCACAACUAUAGUAAUAUGUGCAGGAUACUAGAAUGUGACAUAUUUGUACAUAUACUGAACACCACCAUCGCCAGAACUGCAACAAGUAAAUUCUGGUCCGAAAAUUCAACUCACAAGGCUCUAUAUCUCACAGGCUUAGCUUUACUUGAAGAAGAACGAUUACAUCGUGAAUCAAAGAGCUUCCAAUUUAGUGCGAAAGCUUCAGAAGGUAAUCCAAGCCUAGAGCAGAACCUGCAAUCCUUGGUUGGUAAUCAACGUAUUGAUGUUUACAAAGACCUUCUGGAGUGGGUUUUGAAGAAAUUUUCUGAAGUUUCAAAACUUAAAGGUAACUUAGGAACAGAACUACCACUUGAGCCCAAGUCCAUGGACGACAGUAAAGAAGAGGAGGAGAAAAAAACGAAAGCUGAGUUAGCGCAAGAGCGCAGAAAACGUAUAAUGGCACAAAUGUCUGACAUGCAACGCUCAUUUAUUAAGAAAAAUCCAAGUUUGUUCGAAGAUACAAAUCCCCUGGAUAGUAGGAAGUCCUCCACAACAAGUAUGGAUGUUGAUGUCAGUGAUGGACCUCUGUCAUAUGCAAUAGCUCUUGGGUCGGAGCAGACGCUGAUCCCAGUCAGGGAGCCGUCAAAAGUAACGUGCAUGUUGUGCCAGGAGGAGGAAAAGAUCAGCGAUGACGCUCCAAUUAUGGUUCUUACUGCCUGCAUUCAAAGAUCAUCUGUAUUGUCAAGUACACGAGGAAAGAAAAUUGCUGAUAAGGAUUCAUUUGAUCCCCUUUUGAAGAGUGCCGACCGUUACUGGGGCACACACGUUAGCAGCUGUGGACACGUCAUGCAUGCUAGAUGCUGGCAAAUAUAUACUGAUUCACUGGUUGCAAAGGAAAAUAAAAGGCCAGUACGAUUUCGCAAUCAUCUCAGCUUUGAUUUGAGCAAAAACGAGUUUCUCUGUCCACUCUGUGAAACUGUUGGUAACACCGUCAUAACUCUUCUUCCUGAUCUACUCCCAGUAGAAAAAAGUAAGAAACAAUGUGAUGUUAGUGUUGAGCAUAUGCUGAGCUUGAUAAGAGAUGUACUCCGCGAAGACAUGGAGUUGAAGGAGGAAGCAGAAAUUACAAUGGAUACCGCCACGUUGUCCGAUGAAACUCCAGCAAAACAGAAAAAAGAUGAUUACAAAAAGCCCUUCGUUGGGAAGUCAAACAUUGGGAAAUCAACCAUUAGUUCAGAGGUCUGGCGGUUGCUCAGUUUCAAUCAACAGACAAAUGCAAAAUAUUCUCUAAAACCACAUCUGCCUGUCGAUAGAACUGAAAUGUUGAAGACAUUCUCCAUGUCCAUCUACACUGUUGGAUUGAAUGUGAUGCCUGAUGACAGUAAUAGUCGCAUACCUAUCAUGUGUUGGGAGGCUGUGGCUUACACCAUUCAAACAGCAGAGCUGUACCUUAGAGUCGAGGAAAAGCCAUUAUUUUGUUCACUGUCCAGUAGGCAAGCAGAUUGUGUGAAUGCACUUGUGAGGUUGGGUGCUGAGGGCAUCACUGUCUACAAUCAUCAACAUGUACGAAAACUGUUAAUCCCAAUCUCUGUGGAAACCAGUGGCUGUAGUAUUCUUGAUGUUGAUAUGUUUACCCUGCUGGUCAGCGUAUGUUUCUCAAUGCCUGUACUUAAAGAGGCCGGUGGCAAAGAUGAGUUAUGGAGUGCAAACUUAUGCGCAGAUCCUAUCACAAACAAACACAUCAUGACUCUAGCCCUGUUGGCACAUGUAACACAGAUCUUAUUGACAUGUGAUUUACCAGAAGAUGCUGGAAGUCCAGUUACUGAAGAUAUGGAUGAUAUGUACUGCAGAGAAGCCAACUGUCUUCAGAAAGUUUUAAGAGACCUUUACAUAAUGGCAGGUGUGAAAAGAAACGUUCCAUCAGCCUUUGAUCUCUGGAGCCAUGUGACUACGUCGUGCCUACAAUUUCUACGCUGCUCAGCUCUAUUCUUCAACUCACUCGCUGGUGUUCCAUUUCCUGCAGAGUUAAGAAACAUAGUCUUUGAUGAAUUUGGAGUGUUGUGCCGUUACUUAGCAGUACCAGCAAAUCUUGCAAGUUUGUUUGACUCUCAGCUUAUUCCUGGGGUCCACACAUUUCUUCAGAUCUGGUGUUCCCAUCUAGUAACUCAAGAGAGGUUAAAUCAUAUGGAGACAUUACUUGUUAGAUAUCCUGUGCAACAUAAUAAGUUAAUAUCGUUACCUUAUGACUACAGUGACCUCAUGAAUCAAGUUGCAUCCUUUGUCUGUCCAAAGUCGAGUGGGAUCCAGGGUGAAAGUCGUGCACCGGCCAUGUGUUUGGUGUGUGGUCAGGUUGUGUGCUCGCAAAGUUACUGCUGUCAGACUGAAGUUGAGGAGGACACAAUCGGAGCCUGUAUGGCACAUGCUUUGCAGUGCAGUUCUGGUGUUGGAAUGUACCUCAGAGUAAGAGAAUGCCAGUUGCUGUUAGUAUCCUCCAAGACGAGGGGCUGCUUCCAUUCACCGCCAUAUCUUGAUGACUAUGGUGAAUCAGAUGUAGGCUUGAGGAGGGGAAACCCACUACGACUUUGCAAGGACUUGUACCAUAAACUCUAUAUUCUGUGGCUACAACAUGGCAUACCGGCUGAAGUAGCUCAUAAGCUAGAGGCCAAUAGUAAUCUACUUCACAUCGAUUGGCAAAACCUGUGAUAUUGCCACUAGGUGGCGCUGUUUGUGGUAAAAUUUAUGAUAAAUACAGUAAGGCAGUUUCGUGUGUGGUAACAAUGAGGAAGGAUUAAUCUUUCCAAAAAUUCUUCAGAGCUGUUGGUUUGCUUGUAUAGGAAAAAUAUAAAGAAGAUGAUUAGCAAAAUGAGCAAUGAUUAGAUGCCAGUUGCCACCAGUAAUGCAUCACUGCCAAUAUAAAGGGAUACAGAGCUCAGGAUAUUUAACUUUUCAAAAGGCAUCCAAAUGAAUGUGGGCUUCGCCUAUAUUUUCUUGUGAACUUUCCGGACUGCUACUGUACAGUGCAUAUUUAGACAAGCAGUUUACUAAGUAUUUUUGAAAAAUACUGGUUUGUUUUGAUGCUUUUUAUUGAUAAUAGAAAAUAGCAUAGGUUCGAAAUUUAUAAUAAAUAUUAUAUGAAUAUGUGCGAGCUUUAUUAUGAGGUUCUGUGAUUUGAUUUGUGGAUUAAUGGAUGGAUUAAUCUCUGACAGUCCUAGGGAGAAAUGGGGUACAUUCGCCUGUUACCCAUUUUCAAAAUUACUACAAUUGAUUCUGCAAGAGUGACUCCAUUCCCUCAAAUACGGUAAACAUACAUGUACUGUGCGACAUGUAUUUAAUUCUAGUUUCAAUAUUUUUGAAGACAAGGAUGCCAUUUUGGUUACCUAAUAAUAUCAGUGACAUGACUGAAAUGUGAAACUCAUCAAUAAAAUCAGCUGGUUUUAUUUCAUAGGUAAGCAGUGUUAUUGAUAUAAACAUAUGACCAGGGUAAUGUUAAUUUGAAUUGCAUAGAGGGCUUAACAAUAUGUGCUAUAUAAGUCUACUAUUAUUAUUAUGAUUAUUAUUAUAUGCUCAAGGCCACUGGUUCUCAACCCUGAUAUACAGAUCAACCUUAAACCUAAUGAGUCUGUUGUACAUGGGGUCAUUAUAGUUGCAAAAUCAUCAAUAUGAUGACGGCAUUAGUUGUGCAAAAACAGUCGGAGACGGCAGUCCAAAAACAGGUUGUCAAAAUUUGACAAUAAAAUAUCAGAAAUUUAAGAAGUAAUUGAUUAAAUUGUUGUGUGAAUUGUCUCGGUAGAAAACAAAUGCAUGUGAAGUCCUGUUAAUUUCACUAUGAUGGAAUAUUGAAGGUAAAGGGUAAAGGCAGGAGAAUAACUAAUAACUCGCAGCAUCGUUGUGCUGAAUUGCAUAUGCUAAGACAUCUGUUUUAUGCCCUUUACAAAUUCUACUUAUUAUUAUUGUCUUGUGGAUACAAAUUAUUAAGACAAAGAUAUAUGACAUUGUAUUUUUAAAUUCAUAUUUUUAUUACAAAAAAUAAAAAUUUAUUUUACAUAUAAAUCUCAGUUUAUAGACAAAAUUAUUAUUAUUAUUAUUAUUAUUAUUAUUAUUAUUAUAUAUAUCCCAUGUAAGGGAUUGAUUUUCUCUUCUAUUUUUCGGGGUGGGGGAUUUUUGAUGACUAAAUUUGUACUCCUACAUUUAAAAUUAAAAUGCACUAAAAAGAAUUUAUAAUGUUAUGGAUUUCUAUCUCUAUGGAUCUUAUGCUGUGUGCUUAAAAUCAUGAUGGGAUUGAGAUGGGUGUCAAUUCUCAACUCUGCAGCAUCCCUCAACUAGGUGCCUAGUGGGACACUUUACUUGAAAAUGGUUGGUUUAAAAGAACAGUGUUCAGAAGCAGGGAUGGUCCUUUUAGACUGAAGUAAGAAGAGUAUCUUUUCCAGUAAAAUUGAGUUUAUGGGUGUAUUUAUAAAUAUUUUCUUUUUAAUUUAUGAAAAUGGUAUGGCAUUACAUUUGGUAAUAUUAAUAAUCAUAAUAUAAAUAACUGCUACUAUAUGAGUAUUACCGUUAUUGUUGUUAAUAAAAUACUACCAAUACAGCUGUUAUAUUAUGGGCCCUAAUCCUUUAUUGAUAUUAAACAUAAUUAUUUUUCAUUAUAAUAAAAAUAUAUCUGUAUACUGUAGAAAGAGUAAUAAAAAUAAAGAUUGUGAUUUCUUUUA